UUGAUUUAUGUAUUUAUUUGUUUGUUGUUUUCGAGUUUUAAUUUAAUAGGAAAAUAAUAAAUAAUGAAAAAUAAUUAAAUUUAAUAAUGACAUCUAAAACUGGCUUUAUAUCACAAGAAAGUCCAGCAAAUGCAUUGGCACUUAAUAAAGAUAAUUCACAAGUUGUCAUUGCCGGACGAAAUGUAUUUAAAAUAUUUACACUCUAUGAGGAUAAAUUUGAAGAAGCAUGCAAUUUACGAGUUGGAAAAAAUUUAAAUUUAAAUUUUUCAUGCAAUGAUAUUGCAUGGAAUUUAAUUGAUCAUCAUAUAUUAGCAACAGCAGCAACAAAUGGUGCUGUUGUAUUAUGGAAUUUAAAUAAAGUAUCAAGAUCAAAACAAGAACAUGUAUUUACUGAUCACAAAAGAACAGUUAAUAAAGUUAGUUUUCAUAUGACUGAACCAAUGUGGCUUAUAUCUGGUUCACAAGAUGGUACAAUGAAAUGUUUUGAUUUACGUAUUAAAGAAGCUGUUAAAACAUUUUACAGUAAUACUGAAUCUGUUCGUGAUGUACAAUUUUCACCACAUCAACAGCAUACAUUUGCUGCAGUAUCAGAAAAUGGACAUGUACAACAAUGGGAUUUACGUCGUCCAGAUCGUUAUUAUCAAUAUUUUACAGCACAUUCUGGACCAAUAUUUGCAUGUGAUUGGCAUCCAGAAAUGACAUGGCUUGCAACAGCAUCACGUGAUAAAACAAUUAAAAUUUGGGAUUUAUCAAUAAAACCAAAAUGUUUUUAUACAAUAAAUACAAUAGCAUCUGUUGGACGUAUUAGAUGGAGACCACAACGUAAAUAUCAUAUUGCUAGUUGUGCACUUGUUGUUGAUUGUAGUAUAAAUGUAUGGGAUAUACGUCGUCCAUUUAUUCCAUUUGCUAGUUUUAAUGAACACAAAGAUGUACCAACUGGUGUUGCUUGGCGUGGUAAUCCACAAUCAUUUUUAUCAACAAGUCGUGAUUGUACAUUGUAUCAUCAUUUAUUUCAAGAUGCAACAAGACCAGCAAAUAAAGCAAAUCCACAAGGUAUUGCAUUAAAUUGUAAUGGUGAUGUUGCAUAUGCAUGUAAACUUAAUAAUUAUACAACAACAACAACAAAACCACUAAAAAAUUCAACACGUAAAAUACCAACAAGUAGUGAUCAAUUUUGUAUGGCAACAAGUAUUAUGCAUAGAUUUACAUUAACAACUAAACCACGUGGACCAAAAUGGUUUAAAAUAUGUGCUGAAGAAUAUUUAUUGAGUGGUAGAUUGAGCGAUAUUUGCGAUAAAAAUGCUAAAAUUGCGAGUAGCUGUGGUAGACAUGAUGUUUGUGCCAUUUGGAAUAUAAUAAAAACUCUCUAUGAAAGUCCACCAAAAAAAAAUUAUAAGAGUAAUAAUGGUUUAUUUAAAAAAUCAACAAAUAUUAAAAAUAUUGAAUUAUCAUUAUCAUCAUCCAAUGAUGUAAAAAAAAUGAAACAAAAUGGAAUUAAUAAUAAUAAUAAUAAUAAUAAUAAUGUUAGUAUUAUUGAGGAUGAUAUUGAAACUGAUGAAAUAUCAGAAAAUUUUAUUUUUCCAAGAUUAUCAAUUUGUCGAUCAGACUAUCGUAUAUUAUUAAAUGAUCAUAAACGUGAUGCAAAAGGUGAUUUCUUUUUUGGUGAAAGUGAAUUGGAUCCAAUGACAACAAUUGAUUACAACAAUGAUACCACCAGUAAUGAUGAUACCAAUAACAACAACACAAAUAAUAAUAGCAGUAAUAACAAUAAUAAUAAUAAUGACAACAGCAUCAACAACAAUUCAAAUACAAAUACAAAUAAUAACAAUAAUAAUGAUAGUACUAAUGAUAAUACAGCAACAACAACAACAGCAACAACAACAAAUAAUAGUAAUGAUAAUGAUAAUUGUGGUUUAAAUAGAGAAGCAUUUCCUCUUCGUCAUGAAAUACAAGAUCGUUCACCACCACCAGAACAAUAUCCAAAUAAUUCACCUGAAAUAAUUGAUGGUUCUGUAUCGGCAAUUGAUGAUCAACCAUGUCAAUUGGUUUUAACAAAUAUACCAAAACCAUUAUUUUGGGAUCCAACAGAAGUUGUUAAAGAAGCAUUAAAACAUCAUGCUGCAAUACGUGAUGUACAAACAUCAGCAACAAUAUUAAUAGCACUUGGUAAUAAAAGAAAUAAUUUAAAUUUUGAAAUAGCAAUACAAGAACAUUGGCUACUGGAAUAUAUUGACAUGUUGGCUAGAUUUAAAUUAUACAAUGUUAUAACACAAAUAAUUCAGCUUGCAUGGAUACCAUCUGUAUCACAAUUAAAUCAACAAUCAACAAUGAUACAUGUUUGUUGUACAUCAUGCACAAAACCAUUACAAAGAUCAGCAUGGAUAUGUGAUCGUUGUCAUACAUCAAAACAUGCAUUGUGUUCAAUUUGUCAUCAAGUUGUCAAGGGUGUUUAUGCAUGGUGUCAAGGAUGUACACAUGGUGGACAUGUAUUGCAUAUGAAAGAAUGGUUUAUUAAUAAUCGUUGUUGUCCAACUGGUUGUGGUCAUAUUUGUGAAUAUACUUGAUUUAUUUAUAUUAUUAUUAAAUUGUAAAUAAAUUUGUACAAAUUAUUAGAAAACAAAAUUAAAAUUAUUUUAUAAUAAUAUUGUGAUUGAUUACAAUUUACAAUGUUUUUUGCUAAAUUUAAAUGAAUUUUAUUAAUAUUAAUACAAGUGCAAAAAUGAUGCUGCAUUUUGUCGUAUUUAAUUUUUAUUAAUUUGUGCAAUUUGUCAAAUACAUAAUAAGCUUAAUAACAAAUUCAUAAAAUUAAAUUAAUCAAACGACGAAAUGGAAUAGUUUAAUGAAUUAAAAAAAUUAUAAUAAAAAUAUAUAUUUUCAAUUAUAAUUAGUAUCAAACUAUAUUUUAAAAAUUAAAUCAACCAUAGGACAUCAUCAAUUAUCAGUCCAGUAAAAUUAAUUAAUUGUUUGUUUUCUUUUUUUUUUUUUAAAUGAAAAAUAUUAUCUCUUUUUCUUAGAUACACACACACACACACAUACAUAUACAUAUAUUAAUAAUAAUAAUAAAAGUGAAUUUUGAUUUUCUUAAAUCUAUUUUGCUUGUCGUUUUUUUUUUCCUUGUCUUUGUAUUAUUAUUAUUAGUAGUAGUAGUAAUGAACUUGUUUUGUAAUUAUUUAUUUAUCUAUUUUAAUAAAUUAUAAAUUAUAAAAUUGAGUGUUGAUGAUAAAUUGUUGUUAAAGAAUUAUACAACAACGUUUUUUAGUUUUUAUUUCAGCUUCAAUUUGAUUAUCUUGUGCUUUUCGCGCUGCAAUAG